GAAGUUUCCUGGCUUCUCGAAAUGCUAGGAUUUAUGGCUACCGAUUCAUUCCAUUCCAUUAUCUUCUGAUUCCAUUUGUUUUCUGCUAUCUGAUUAAUAUAAAUAUAGCUGAGGUUAUACAGAUUGUGUUUCUUGCAUUAUUAUUGUUGCGGAUUGGUUAUGGAUUGGGUUUGAUUGCAGGUGAACAUAUCAAUUGGUAUCAGAGCCAGAGUGGGGAAUGGUAAAAUCCAAAAUGGAGAAUAGGAUGGAUAACGUGGAGAAGGAGAUGAAUACAAUAAAGGAAGACAUAAGUACCUUGAAGAUUGACAUGGGUAGUGUUAAGGAAUAUUUGACAGAAAUGAGGGAAUUAAUGCGCAUGAGAGAAGAAAGAGAUGGAAGAAGAGACCGAGAAAGAGAGAAAUCCUCUUCAUCAGUAGAGAACCAGAACAGCGGUGGAGAAAAGGAACCAGAUCGAGGAGACAGUGAGGAAGUUGGGAAAGAGGAGAAAAAGAACACAUGCAAGCUGGAGUUGCCAAUCUUUAAUGGCGAAGAUCCAUAUGGAUGGUUCUUCAGAGCAGAUCGUUACUUCACCAUCAAUCGUUAUCAGGAGACAAAGGUGGUAGAAGCAGCAGCAGUUUGCAUGGAGGGGAGAGCUCUGAGCUGGUAUCAAUGGGUUGAAUCCAGAGCACCAUUUCAGUCGUGGGAUGCAUUCAAAACAACACUGAUUGAUCGAUUUCAGCCAUCAUUUACGGGAUCUGCCUAUGAGGCCUUAGUAGCAUUGAAGCAAGAUGGGACAGUCACGGAGUACCGAGAACAGUUUGAAGCCAACGAUGCACCAUUGAAGGAUCUGGGUGAAGAUCUGUUAAAGGGGAUUUUUGCAAAUGGGUUGAAGGAGGAAAUUAAAGUUGAAAUACAAUUAACUCAGCCAACUUCAUUAUUUGGGCUGAUGGACCAGCCCCACAGGGUUGAAGAAAGGAAUUGGGUGUUAGAAAAGUAUAGGCCCAAAUCAUUUAAAAAUCAAAUGGGUAGAGGGGAGCCUUAUUCACGGGUCAGCCCAAACCUGGAUGCCUCAUGUUCUAACUGGUGGAACACCAGCGCAAAGCCCCCAGAUCCCCUUUCGUUUUCGUCAAACUCCAACAAGGGGCCUGAGCGAAGGGAGAAGUCGACUGAGUCUGUGGGGUCCAGCAACCGGAACUUCCGACUACUCUCCGAGGCCGAAAUACAGUUCAAAAGAGAGCGGGGCUGUGCUAUCGCUGUGACGAAAAAUUUGGGCUAAACCACAGGUGUAAGAACAAAUCUCUGCAAGUGCUACUCCUCUUGGAUGACGAAGAUGCAAACCCACCAAAAAUUGAGACAGAAACUGACGAUGAACCUAACUGUAAAGGUGAACGUAUCAAGCUCCAAAGGU